AACUAUUGUCAAAGUUGGUUGCUUAAAGCAUUGAUGUGAUUUGAAGAAUUUAAUCUUGCUUUGUUCCCACUUAUUCCGGAGUCCAUUUAUUUAGAGCAACAGAUGUCUGGCUAAGAUGGAUGUGCUAUUUGAUACAAGAGAAAAAAUUUUUUACGUAUUGGAGCGUUUAUUGCUCUUCUUCCUCUUCUUCUUCUCUCAUACUGCUGAAUUCAAUGGCUGCUAUAAAGAGUUGCGAAGAAUGGAAACCUUUCUUUGCUAUGUUGACAGUUGAUUUUGCCUUCGCCAUUGUGAAUAUUCUUCUUAAGAAAGUCCUUGACGAGGGUAUUAAUCAUUUGGUCCUUAUCACAUACCGCCUCUCAAUUUCUGCUGCUUUCUUAGGCCCCAUCGGCUACUUCUGGGAAAGGACUACCAGACCAAAGCUUACCUUUCGCAUCUUAUGUUACCUCUUCGUGAGUGCAAUUGUCGGGGCAUCACUAACUCAAUUGUUCUUCCUUAUUGGUAUUCAAUACACAUCUGCUACGUUUUCAUGUGCCUUCAUCAACAUUGUGCCUGUGAUCACAUUUAUAAUGGCAUUGCCAUUCCGGAUGGAGAGUGUAGAUAUAAAAUCCAAUAGCGGGAGAGCUAAAAUAGUGGGAACUGUUGUGUGUGUUGGAGGAGCCAUGGUGUUGACUCUUUACAAGGGAAUGCCUUUAUUUGACCGUCCGCAAUCACAGACGACUGUAAGUAUACCUCAAGCCAUGGAACACAGUAUCAAGCUAAGUUAUUCCAAAAAGGCAGAAAGAUGGACGAUUGGCUGUGUAGCUUUGAUUGUGGGAACCCUUUUGUGGUCUUCAUGGUUUCUUCUUCAAUCAAAUAUUGGCAAGAGAUACCCCUGCCAAUAUUCCAGUACUGCCAUUAUGUCCUUCUUCGGUGCCAUUCAGUCAGCUAUCUUAUGCUUGUCCACUGAAAGGAACUUUUCUAUCUGGGUUCUCAAGGGAAAAUUAGAAAUCAUCACUGUCCUAUAUGCCGGAAUGGUGGGAUCAGGACUGUGCUAUGUGGGGAUGUCAUGGUGUGUAAAGAAAAGGGGUCCUGUAUUCACCUCAGCAUUCAGUCCCCUCGUUCAAAUAAUGGCAGCCAUGUUUGAUAUCCCUAUCUUGCAUGAGGAUCUCCAUUUAGGCAGCUUGCUGGGAUCCAUCAUUGUCAUUAUUGGACUUUACUUUCUGCUGUGGGGUAAGAACAAGGAGAUGCAGAAUCAUGCAAUAAAAGUUGCUCAAGAAGCUGAAGAGAUGAAAGAACAAGAGUCACAAUUACAAGUGAUGACUGUCUCUUGUGAUUCCAGGUGUCCUUAAUUAGAAGACAAAUUUCUACGUGUCUCCCUCUUGUUUCCUAAACCAAACCUUUUCUGCUUAGCUCACAGCUUUUCAAUAAAAUUUGGUUACAAUAGUAUUAUUGUAUGAUCAAUUAGAUGCUGCGGAUGGGAACUCAUUAGUACAAGAAAUGGAAUUUCAGGCAGAUACUAUAUAUUUCACUGUUGAAAUUUUAUUGUUAUUUGUAAAUUUAUACCAUUGGAAUAACAACGUAAAGUU